UGUCACCGGCUGCAGACGCGAUUUUGUUUAUACGCUCCCAGAAAUGCAAAAAAACGUUUAAAUGGAUAUGGAAACUCAAGUUCUUGACGCCGUCGACGAGUUCUUGAAGGUGGACUCGAUUGACGAAGCGUUUGUGAGCGUCAUUGUUUUCAAGCCUAAUGGCGAGCAGGAACGGGCCACCAACUUUGCCAACGAAUUGGUCACGUCCUUUGGGAAUGUGCCCCAGGAGAAUAGGGAUCAGGUCCUGCGACAGUACCUUCUGCGAGCCGCCGGCGCCUCCGGCUACCACAUGAAGGUGCUGAUGGGAGCGCUAGUUAAACUAGUGGAUUCCCACGUUAUUACCGCCAGGAUGCUGUGCGACAAGGUGCUGUUCUGCGAGAAACUGGACUUCGAGCACAAGACCUUCUGGAUCGAGAGCUUCCGGCUGAUCAAGCGGGUAAUCAUGCAGGUGGACUACAAGGGCGUGCGCGAGAUCAUGAAGGUGUGCCGCGACAAAGCACAGUGGUUCCCGCUCAACGUCAACGUCACGUACAUGCCCCAGCUGCUGGCCGUGGAGGAGAUUCUGCGCUUUAUAUUCGAUCGCAACAACUGCCUGCUGCCCGCCUACUUUAUUGCCAACGAGAUCAUGCGUCCGUUUCCCUAUCACUGGAAACUCAACCGGCUGAUGACUGACUUCGUUGAGGAGUUCCGCACCACGGCCCAGAUGGUGUCGAUCAUCGGGCACCCCAGCAUGUUGCCCAUUGUAGAGCACUUUGGCUACGCUGAUCAUAUGAUGAACUCGUGGCGCCUGGACCACAACACCCUUAAGUUUAACUUCAAGGGCAGCCUUCCAUACGAACCGGAGCUGCUGGAGGAGCAGAAGCCCCUGCUUCGCUACGUGCUGGAGCAGCCCUAUUCGCGUGAGAUGGUCUCCCAGAUGCUCAACCUGCAGAAGCACCAAAAGCAGCGCUACAAUGCCUUGGAGGAGCAGCUGGUUAACCUCAUAGUCCAGGCAAUGGAGAUGACGGAGGUGACCGACGCCACUGCGGGCAGUGGCUUCAAUGCCUCAGACGAGCAGAUCACACCGUACGAGUGGGUGUGGCUGCAUCUCUCCUCGCAGCUGAUUUACUUUGUGCUUUUCCAGUUCGUGAGCUUCAUGCACAUUGUGCUGGCGUUGCACGAGAAGCUCUCUAAGUUGGAGCUCCGCAAGGGUCGCGAUCAGCUGAUGUGGAUCCUCUUGCAGUUCAUCUCUGGCAGCAUACAGAAGAACCCCAUUACAAACUUCCUGCCCGUCUUCCGGUUGUUUGACCUUCUCUACCCCGAACUGGAGCCAUUGAAGCUGCCGGACAUAAACAAAUCCUCUAUGGUCCGCCACAUGGCUCCGAUUUGUGUGUGGAUCCACCUGAUGAAGAAGGCCCGAGUGGAGAACAUGAACAUCACGCGACCGCUGCCCAUCGCCCUGAAGAAUCACUAUGACUUCCUGCAGCACGUGGUCACGCCCAACACUAUGAUGAACAUGACCAUGGGCAAUGACUUCCGCAUCAUACUCAUAUGCAAUGCAUAUUCCACGAAUCAGGAGUAUUUUGGGCGACCGAUGGGCCUGCUACUGGAUGCCCUCAAUGGGACCUCGAAGUCGCCGAAUGGCUCCCAGAUACCAGCUGUGACCUUCUCGGUUACGGUGCUGGACAGUCUGACGGUGCACAGCAAGAUGUCGCUUAUCCACAGCUUUGUCACGCAGAUGCUUAAGCAGGCCCAGACCAAAGGACAAGUGCCAGCGGCGGCGCUUUUAGAGACCUAUGCGCGGCUAUUAGUUUACACGGAAAUCGAGUCGCUGGGCAUCAAGGGAUUCCUAAGUCAACUGAUGCCGACUGUGUUCAAGAACCAUGCCUGGUCCAUGCUGCACACCCUAAUGGAGAUGUUUUCGUAUCGCCUGCACCAUGUCCCCACCCACUAUCGCGUGCAGUUACUAUCCCUGCUCCACUCUCUCUCCUCUGUGCCGCAGACCAACAAGAUGCAGUUGAAUCUUUGCUUUGAGUCCACUGCCCUGCGACUGAUCACCAGCAUUGGAUCAGCCGAGUUCCAGCCGCAGUUCUCGCGCUACUUCAACGACAAGUCAACAAAUCAACAAGCCGUGGCGUCCAACGAAAGCGAGGAACUAAAUCGAGUUCUUAUCCUCACAUUAGCUCGUUCCAUGCACGUCCAUGGCGGCGGCGACGAGAUGCAGGGCUGGUGCAAAGACUUCCUUUCCAACAUCAUGCAGCACACGCCGCACUCGUGGCCCAUGCAAUCGCUGGCCUGCUUUCCACCCGCCUUGAAUGAGUACUUUACGCAGAACAAUCAGCCGCCGGAGAACAAGCAGCAGCUGAAGAAGUCCGUGGAGGAGGAGUACCGCACGUGGAGCUCCAUGACCAGUGAGAACGACAUCAUUGCGCACUUCCUGCGACCAACCACGAACCCGCUGUUUCUUUGCCUGCUCUUCAAGAUUAUCUGGGAGACGGAGAACAUCAGUCCAGUGGCUUACAAGAUCCUGGAAGGCAUCAGUGCGCGAGCUUUGUCCACGCACCUGCGUAAAUUCUGCGACUAUCUGGUGGCCGAGGUGGCCAGCUCGUCGGAUGGCCGUGACUUUAUCCACAAAUGCGUAGAUACGAUCAAUAAUAUGAUCUGGAAAUUCAAUGUGGUGACCAUCGACAGGGUGGUACUCUGCCUGGCCCUACGAACCCACGAGGGCAAUGAGGCUCAGGUCUGUUUUCUAAUCAUCCAACUGCUGCUGUUGAAGGCCAGCGAGCUAAGAAAUCGCGUCCAGGAGUUCUGCAAGGACAACAAUCCUGAUCAUUGGAAGCAAAGCAAUUGGCAGGACAAGCAUCUCUCAUUCCACCAAAAGUACCCGGAAAAGUUCGCUCUGGACGAGUCUGCAUCGCAUAUUCCGCUGCCCGUCUAUUUUAGCAACGUUUGCCUGCGCUUUCUGCCCGUUCUGGAUGUGGUGGUGCAUCGAUUCAUCGAACUGACCAUUACAAAUGUCCAUCAGAUUCUGGGCUUUAUAUUGGAUCAUCUAAGCAUAUUGUACAAGUUUCACGAUCGACCCAUUACGUAUCUCUUCAACACUUUGCACUACUAUGAGCGGAUCCUUCGCGAUCGGCCGGCGCUGAAAAAGAAACUGGUAAGCACCAUUACAGGUGCCUUUAGUGAGAUUCGGCCGCCCAACUGGAGCAUUACUGAGCCCUAUAAAGCAUACAUGCUAACCCAGGACGCGGUUUGGACGCCCGAACUAAGUUACUAUAUGAGCUUGAUCCGACGUCUGGCAGACACCAUCAGUGGAAAGAAUGUGUUAUAUUCAACAGACUGGCGCUUUAAUGAGUACCCCAAUGCUCCAACUCAUGCGCUUUAUGUCACCUGUGUGGAGCUGCUGGGUCUGCCAGUGCCACCUGGUGUGGUGGCCAACAAUAUCAUCGAUGUGAUAAUCAACGGCUAUGCGGUGAUUCCGCAAAAGGAGAUCCACAGCUACAUCAAUGCAGUGGGCAUCGUAUUGGCCGCCCUGCCAGAGCCCUACUGGAGUGGCAUCUACGAUCGGCUGCAGGAGAUGCUCAACACGCCCAAUAUGCUCAAUUGGACGUACAGAUUCAGUGCAUUUGAGCUCUUUAAUUUUAAGACCGUGCGCGAGGGGAUGCUGGAGAAGAGCUAUGCCGCUGUCCUGGCCGUGGCUCACUCGGUGUUCCAUCACAUGGGCGCAUUUAAGCUGGCAGCAAUGACCAGAUACCUCAAGGAGAAGCUAAAGCCCUGCGUGCGCACCGAGCAGCAGCUGUUGUAUCUGUGUCACGUGUUUGGGCCUUUCCUUCAGCGGAUUGAAUUGGAGAAACCGAACGCAGUGGCCGGCAUAGCUGUCUUGCUUUACGAGAUUCUGGAGAUCGUGGACAAGAAUCAUGGACCAAAGCCACUGAUUUACAUGGACCAGAUAUGUGAUUUUCUCUAUCACAUCAAGUACAUUCACGUGGGUAAUAUUAUCAAAAACGAGUCAGAGGCCAUCAUUAAGCGCCUGCGUCCUCUGUUGCAAAAGCGACUUCGGUUCAUAACACAUCUUAAUUUGGAGGAUAUUCACACAGAAAAAAUCGCCGACAGCAAUGCAGCAUCAGGUCAAAACCAAUCCCCACUGCAACAACAACAACAGCAGCAGCAGCAGCAACAUCAACAGGUGAAUGCAAUGCAAACUACAAGCGUUCCUUUGGGCAGUGGUGGUGGAAACCCGCAACAGCAACAAAUGUACAUGCAACACAUGCAACAACAGCAGCAACAACAGCAACACAUGCAAAACAUGCGCCACAAUUAGACCAGGGCAGACUCCUUAACCAAGUGCAAGCUGACGUAUGUAGAUACCUUAAGCUUAAUUUAAAUAUAGUUUUAGUCCAUGUUAAGUACCGGUUAUUUGCAUUUAUUGUAUUAUUGUAUCCAAGUCCUAUUUCCAUGUACUUUGUAAACGUUCUCAGAUAACUUGAGCAAACAAAUAAAGAAA